UGAUGCGUUAUUUUUGAUCGCUACUGUACAAACCAUUCAUAUUAAUUUCGCUACUGCCAAAGAUGAUUAUGAUUUGAAGACACUUAAUUCUAUUGAUAUAAACGAUUUAAAAGAAGCAUUAAAUUCAUUCUUUAAAUCACGCUCAAACUCAUCAUUAUCAUCUAUGAGUGAGGCAGUAUUACAAGCAGUUACUGAACUGUUAUUGCCAAAUAACCGAAUUCCAGAAUUGUGUUUAAGAUGUGGUAAUCGAGUUAAAGUACAUCAAUCUUCCAGGCUUAAAAAAGGCAUCGAAGAACAAUUGGAAUAUAUUACAAAGUGCUAUAAGUCAAUUGAGAAGGAAGAUGAAUGUACGCUUAUGGAGGAAUUUUAUGUUUUGGUCAAAAAAGAUAAUAAACCAAAUCUCACAAUUUUAAAUGAAAUCUUGUUAUCUGCGAAAAACAGACUUGAAAGGAGAGAUUAG